AUGCGUCUCGCGAUCGAGUGGAGUAGGGUAAAAGAUGGCGGCGGGCUCGGAUUUGCUGGAUGAUGCCUUUUUCAACACUGAGGUGGACGAGAAAGUAGUUAGUGAUCUAGUUGGAUCUUUGGAGUCUGAGCUCACGGGAUCGGGUCGCGGAAACUCUGCAGUCAGGGUCCAGGCUGCCGCAAAUCACAUUGGCAACCCCGCUAUAUGUGGCAAAUCCAAUGUCCAGGACAGCAAAAUGGGACUUUCACAAGAGCUUGUUAAACCAGGGACUAGCGUCCAAGCGGGUGUCAUUAAUAGUACGAGGUCCACCAUGGAUACAGCGGCCGGGACGACGGCGGCGGCGGGCUCAGGCAUGACAGCGGGACACAGUCAGAGUAAGACUGGGGCAGCCGGUUGUGUGGUAAAAGUGGUUCCCGAUCACGGGGAAGGAAUCGGGAAAACCGGGUCGGCCGGUGUACAAACUUUAAAUGGAAGUAGCGUUGUAAUAAACUCUCAUAAUUUGGUGAGCUCUGCAAGCAGCACGGUGCCCGCCGUCACAGUUGUCAACAACGGACCAGGCUCCGUGGUCGAAGGAAACGUAAUCUUACCCACAACUUCCAUUCAAACCUCUCUAAUGGACAGUGCUGUCACUUCAACUGUAGUAUCGUCUCAGCCGUCUGUUCUAAACAGUGUGCCCACUGUCACGCUCGUAAGGCCGCCUAUGCACACCACCAGAGCAGUCACCUCGCCGAGCGGGAGCAAUAACUUUCUGACAUCAUCUGUCAACGUCGCUCACCCUGCAUGUUCAGGAGCACAAAUCAACAAGUCGGAGCCAAAAACGGCAAUACAAAAGGCCGCACAGAUGACGGGGACGGCAGCAGCUGUAGCGAAAAGCCCAUCGACUAUUGCAAUCAGUCCUGGUGGGAUAAGGGCGAUCGCUCCUCAGGUAUUGGCCCCAAGACUUCCGCAGCCCCAACAGAAUGCUCCAAACAUCCAAAACAUUCAGCUCCCCCCAGGGAUGGUGUUGGUGCGCAGUGAGAGUGGGCAGCUGUUAAUGAUCCACCAGCAGACCCUGGCCCAGAUGCAGGCUCAGUCCCAGAGCCCCAUGACCCCACGGCCAGCCACCCCCACCAGCACGCCCCCUGUCCAGAUCACCUCUGUACAGGCUCCAGGGAUGCCCCUCAUGGCCCGUCAGGUGACCCCCACCACCAUCAUCAAGCAGGGCACCCCGGCCCAGACUACUGUCCUCCAGAGGCCUCCUGUGCUACAGCAGAACACCAUUGUGCUGGGUGGGGCAGCUGCCACCCCAGGUCAGGCCCCAGUGCAGCCUGGCUCGGCAGCAACAGCAGCAGUCAACCAGCGAGCAGGGACCCCCGGCGCUACCGGGACACCAGGCACUCCCGCUACCACUAUGGAGACCCUGGAGAAUGUGAAGAAAUGCAAGAACUUCCUUUCCACGCUGAUCAAGCUGGCAUCCAGCGGGAAGCAGUCGUCAGAGACCACGGCCAGCGUCAAGGACCUGGUCAAGAGCCUGUUGGAAGGUAAGAUCGAAGCGGAGGAGUUCACCAGUCGGUUAUAUCGGGAGCUCAACUCCUCUCCUCAGCCAUAUCUUGUGCCUUUCCUCAAGAGGAGUCUCCCUGCACUGCGUCAAAUGACCCCAGACUCGACAGCCUUCAUCCAGCAGAGCCAGCUUCCCCAGGCCAGCGUUCAGCCUGCCUCCUCCUCCACAGCCCUGACUACAGUGGCGCUGGGGGGCACGGCCGCCGCACAGAGACUCCCUCUUAACAGAACCACCAGCCCCGGGGCCAAGGGGACCAUGCACCAGUCCCCUGUCAUCAGCCCAGCCCUGACACCUCACAGCAAGCCUGGCCUGAUGGUGCCCCAGCAGCAGGGGGCGUUGGCGAGUACUCAGGUAACUCUGGCCCAGUCGCCCAUGGUUACUUUCCGAGGCCAGUCCCACAGUCGCAUCAUCAUGGGACAUCCGCAGGUGGUCAAACAGCUGCAAACAGUUCCUGUAGUGAAACAAGCUCUAGCACCAGGGGCCAAGGUAACACUGGGGCGCCAGUCUAUGCUCUCUGUUGCACAGACGAACAAGCUGAAGGAGGCAAGCGGAGGAACCUUCAAAGAUGAUGAUGAUAUCAAUGACGUGGCAUCCAUGGCUGGAGUCAACCUGUCAGAGGAGAGCGCCCGUAUACUGGCAACCAACUCUGAGCUGGUGGGCGCGGUGACUCGCUCCUGUAAGGACGAGGCCUUCCUCCACACCACCUCACUAACCCGGAGAGUACAGGAGAUCGGUAGGAGGUUUGGGGUGAUUGACCUGGGGCCAGAGGUUGUCAACUACGUUUCCCAUGCAACACAGCAGCGGCUGCAGAACCUGCUGGAGAAAGUGACGGAGGUGGCGCAGCAGAAAAACAUCACCUUCAAGGAGGAUGAUAAGUAUGAACAGGUGAGUGACGUGCGAGCCCAGCUGAAGUUCUAUGAGCAGCUGGAUCAGAUGGAGAAACAGAGGAAGGAGGAGCAGGAGAGGGAGAUCCUGAUGAAGGCUGCCAAGUCUCGAUCGCGGCAAGAGGACCCAGAGCAGCUUCGGCUCAAACAGAAGGCCAAAGAGAUGCAGCAGCAGGAGCUGAAUCAGAUCAGGCAGAAGGAGGCCAACAUGACAGCCCUGGCAGCCAUCGGCCCCAGGAAGAAACGGAAAAUGGAGUCCCCCGUCAACGGCGCUGGGGCUGAGGGUUCUGGCUCUGGUCCCUCGUCGUCGGGUGGGGCCAAUAGUGGAGGCUCCAGACCUCAGCGCCAGCGCAUCACCAGGGUCAACCUCAGGGACCUGCUCUUCUGUCUGGAGAAUGAGAGAGAAACCAGUAGCUCACAUCUACUCUACAAAGGCUUCCUCAAAUAACACACAGGGAGACGAGACACUAAAUGAGAGAAACCAGUCACUCUGAUGCACGUGACUCAAGUCUCCAAUAACACCUCCCCCCGACAGAUCAGAGGCCUGACGCUCCCAAUAGCAGCUCCCUUAUAGAGCCAAAUGGCCCAGCUACACGUGACGGCACCUCCUCCUCUUCUGUGCUCUCCUACAAUCAUGACCUGGAGGGAAGGCAGACCAGCGGCGCCUGGAAUAUGAAUCAUCAGCUGUGCCCUACACACCCUCCUCAAAGGUGAGGUGGUGGGUCUGACCUCUCAGACUAGGUCUUCUGGACCCUCCUUUACCCCCGUGCCUCUCACAGUUAUCUAGGGACCAGCUACUGGCAACCUGGUCCCCUCCCAUACACUGCCCUCUGGUGCCCUGGAGGGGGAAAUGCUCUUAUUUGUGAGGUCUCCUUUGGGUCUGGAUACAUCCUCAUUCACAGUAGGUGCAUAGCUUUGCCAACCUUUAACCUCAUGCAAGAGGCUUCUAUGAUUAGACUUUUUUUUAUAAAGAACCCCAGCGAGGACCCUUUUAACACAGUUAACGAACAAAUGUACUAAACUGCAUUCGUAACGUUAAGUCCCUGACCAAACUGGAACUCUGGGCCUUUUGUUGGGCGAUAGAGGUGGGGUUAGAGACUAUUUUAUCGUCAUUCAUUCUCGUGCUAUUACCUGUGGAUUCUUUUUUUUUUUUUUUUACUUGACUGAUACAAGUCUUCUGCUGAGUUGCCUUUUUGCCAAAAUAAAGCCAUAUGAAUGAUACAUGUCUAACUC